AUGGCUCCCCCUCCGUUACCCUGCGCUAAGAUCACCUUGACUUACCCCCUCUAUGCGGCCGACUUCGACCCGCAGAACAGCGAUUUUCUGCUCGUUGGCGGAGGUGGAGGAGAAGGACGGAGCGGAGUGGGGAACAAAAUAACGCUGCUCAAUACCUCUCAAAAAACAGAGUUGUCAGAAAUCGUCGACAUCGACCUUUCGCGCGACGAAGACUCGGUCACAUCCUUAUCCUACGCGCAAUCUACGGAGCAGUGGGCGACAGCUUUUGCAGGCAUCAAUUCCUCGAUUGCCGAGCAGCAGAGAGGUAAGAACGAGCAUCUGAGAUCUUUCUUGCUAGAAUAUCCCCCUCGGCGAAAGACGGGCGGAGAUGGAGAAGACUCGAAGAAAGGAAAGCCUACAGCAUACCAAGGGGAGACCAAGGCGUUGGGAAAGGCCUCGUUGUUUGCACCGAGUAAUUCCAAGACGAAGGAAACGUUCCAAAGGGUGCUGAGGCUGUCGAAAAAGAAGAAGGACAACGGUCCUAGAUUAGGAGCAGUGGCUACUGGGCUGGCGCCAGUGGGGGAGAUCGUGUUGUUCGCUGCGGACACCAGCAGACCAGGAUCUAGUGACAUCAGGGGCCGGAUCAAGCUUGAAGAGAAGCAAGAAGCUGCAGAUGUGGACAUCAUUGGCCUUGAACGAGACGACGGCCAACAGGAGGGCAAAUUCCGAGUCGCCUACUGCACAGACUACGAGGUCUACGUCACAGAGGUGGACUACAGCAAGAAAGACAAUGGUACACAACAGAGCAUUCAGAAUAUACAUGGUACUCCUCACCCAGACGCCUUCGCUUCGAACAAGGCUCGGCCCAAGUUCCGCUGCCUGCGCUUCCUCACUCCUACUCUCCUACUUCUCCUCCAGAACAGGAUCAACAGCAAAGGCGCGGAGCUGCUCUUGCUCGAAAUCUCCGGCGUGAUCAUACUCCGCAAAAGCCUUCAGAAAAAGAUCAAAUCUGCCACGGCCAUGUCCGUCGCUCUCCUUCCCACUGCUUCCUACUCACAAAUAGAUCAACACGCCAUUGCCAUUGCUGGCGCCGACACCUCCAUUACUCUCUUGACCGUCGACCGUUUCACAUCCUCGCCCUACGGCAAGGUCAAAUUUCGCCCUCACAGCUUCCUUCCCUCUGUCCACCCAACCUCUAUCACCUCGCUCGCUUUCUCCACGUUCAACCCGCCAGGAACACCUUGGAAUUCUACACCACCUCAAUACCUUAAGCUCGCCUCUACAUCUAUCGCAAAUACCUGCGUCGUGCACACCCUACCCUUGACGCCGCAUCCAAGUCCACCUCCCAAAGAUCAGCCAGCGCACUAUCUCCUCAAGGCCCCUGUCCGCAGUAGUGUCGCCCAGAACACCAUCUCUACCUUUGUCGCCCUCUUAGCCAUCGCCAUUGGGGCUUUCUUCCUACAAGCGUUCACAGAGAUAAGAGGUGGCACACCAGAGUACUUGGGCGCAAAAGGAUGGCUCAGCAAGCCAAUCCACUCGUGGAUUGCCAGACCAUACAUGUUUGAGGACGGCUACGUAAGUGCUGCAAGCUCGCACGCCAAAGUUACCUCGGAGGCUGUAAAGACGUCGCUGAGUGCAGCUUCGGAAGCCGUACAGACACCAUUACACGUGGUCGAGAGCGCAGCGGCAAAGGUGCAGAAGAAGCUGGGUCUACGAGACCUUCUCAAGAGAAGGGAUUUGGGCGGUGAUACCUCGGACAAUGGAAACGACGGAACAAAUAUCAUCGUCAAGCAUUCACCUGCUGAAGGAGGAGAGACUGCUUUGUCGGCGGAGCUAAGGAAAUCGAAUGAGGUGAUUGAGGGCGAGCAUGAGGCGAAGAGGUGGGAGGAAUUGAAGGAGCAUGAGAAGGAGACUUGGAAGAAGAGAUUGGUCGAUGCUGGGCAGUGGACUGCUGCCGAGGGAGACGCUGUGUUGCAAGGUGUUCUGUUUUCCGGGCUGGCGAACGCGGUGGGUGGGAUCGUUGGCAAUGCAUGA